AUGACGUUUCCCAUCAGCCUAACCCCACCGUCUGCGAAUCAAAAGCCACACCAUGCAAUCCCAAUAUUCACAAUAAGCCGAUUCGCAACAUUCCUGUCAAACUCGUCAUCCUCAAAGUCGCAGGAACAUCCUCAACACACGUGCGUCCACGAGCUGUGUCCUCCUCCUCCUCCUCCAGUCCACGACGAAAGCAGCAAAACCAGUGCAACCCACAGCAUGUUGCGGCUCCAAGUUUCGUCUCGAGGCCUGCAAAGCAAUAGCGACGUCCCGACUGAAUUGGCAGAAGCACAAGCUGUGGACUACACCGCCUCCCAGGAUCUGCCAUCGAUCCGGUCUCAUCGAUCAGGGACUCGCAGACGACGCAAAAUCGGCAAAGGCAUUCAGUUAAUUUUACUCCGCAGUUACGUGCAAUGCGCCAAACAAUUGAACCGGGUGCCGGACCGGUUAACGACCGAACAGCUGCUGGAACAAGGUUACGACGAGUUUUACUACCAGGGAGGCAAUUUAAACGAACCCCGUCUUAAUUAUGCAGCGUUUCUAAAACUCGUUCGAAAUCGAAGAAGCGAAGUCAUGAGACAGACUCGAGGAGGUCGUUCUAUCAUUAGUCAAAGGGGCUCGGCGAGACACGGUCAGAAGGAGCAACUGGAAAUCCAAGCGCUAAUCAACGAGCUGGAGCAGGUGCGACAUGGCCGACGACCAUGUGGAGCAGUGGAGUGCGACACGUUGAGUGUUCGUUCGGAUAGUCAAGAGUCCCGUGCUCUGAUAACGGACACAUCCAUGCCGAUUCUCUCGGACUCGUCGUCGAUCAUGGGAGAUACGGGAACGGACGGAGGAGUGUCAGCAGGGGACUUAUCGACAGCCGAGACGUACUCGUCCGUCUUGUCAGGGACGGACGGCAGUAAUGACGACGUUGUCAUCUCGCGAUCCAAAUUGAAUGUGAUGCUGCAAGUGGCGCAGGAAACGCUUGUUGCGCAGAGGAGGAUUUUGGAUGAGAACGGCUUGUUCUUGUCCAUUCAGGUUGCAUUUCGUCACCAACGAGUGCUCACAGACGAGAUCGCCCUUCGGUUUGCACAGUGCAUGGAUUCUACUGUCAGGGCAGUGGGUCAACUGAUUUUGCGUUCCGAGUGCUAG